AUGGAGAAACAAACAGACGAUGGGCUUACUGGGCCAUCGACAAAGAAUCUCCAAACAGAAAAUGAGCCCGCCGCUGUCCUUCAAAACGCAGUCCCCGCCACAGCAAACAAUAUCCCAGACCCCGAUGAAGAUGAUUUAGAUGAUCUAGAUGAUAUGCUGGACGAAUUCACACCGGCGCAACCAGAACCUAAAGCCCCCUCCCUCCCAUCGGGUCCUGGCAGACCAGCAGCCGUGGCUGCCGAUCCUCCUGUCGCAGACGCACAGGAACCUUCAGAUGAAGAUUUCUCAAAACAGUUACAAGCUGGUCUCGCUGAUCUCUUAGGAGAAUUUGAGAAAUCCCCAGAUAUGCAAGGGCAGUUCGAGAGCAUGUUAAAAGAGCUAGGCGGACCGGCGGCUUUGGAACAAGUUGCAGCGGGGUUGACCACACUCCCCGGUUCAACUGCUACAAAGGAGACUCCUAGCACUGAGACAAAACCCACACCCAAGGCUGGCGUAGAGGGUUCAACUACAGAAGAAUCGUUCCAAGAAACUAUCAAGAAGACCAUGGAGCGCAUGCGUACCUCUGGGGACCAAGCCACGGCAGCUGCAACCUCGGAAUCCUCCGACGAUUUCCUAGCGGAGAUGAUGAAGGCAAUGCAGGCUUCGGGCCUGGACGGCGGUGAAGGUAGCGAGGAGGAUUUCUCUAAAAUGUUGCUAGGGAUGAUGGAGCAACUGACAAAUAAGGAGAUAUUGUACGAGCCGAUGAAGGAGCUUGAUGAUAAAUUCCCUUCGUGGAUGGAGAAGAAUGCGGGGAAAGUACCGGAGGAUGAUUUGAAGAGAUACAAGGAACAGCAGACUUAUGUGAGGGAGAUUGUCGCGCGUUUUGAUACAAAGGCCUAUAGCGACGACAAUAGCGCUGAUAGGGAGUAUAUCGUGGAAAGGAUGCAGAAGAUGCAAGCAGCUGGUUCUCCGCCUGCAGAUUUGGUUGGAGAUAUGGCAGCUGCUCAAGAAGCGUUUGGAGCACCCGAAGAAGGCUGUCCUCAACAAUGA